CCCACGCCCCCUCCAACUGCGCAGGUCCCCUUCAACAACCCCCGAAUCUCUGAACAGUCGAGAAUUAGGACUUUAGGUUCUGCAUGUCAUGCCUUUUCCUCGGCCCAUCAAAGAGCGGGCUACAAACGCUGUUCCCUCCCGUCUUCAAGACUACGCAAGGUACAAAUAAGUAUGACUGCCCCUAUCCCGUAAGUCUCUGUACAGAUACACUACGGAGUACCUUAUCUUUCCAUUCGCCCCUUGAGGUGAGAUGGCCAUGGACACUCCCGCACCCCAUGCAUCUACGGGGGGUUUCGACGGCUCGCUACAGCACCAAGCUCCCCCUGGAGGAAGCCCGCAAAUCAGCCUUACAAGUUACAACCCACCCCCGGCACCUGCGAAAUGAUAAAAAAAAGUCGAGACCAGAUAGCGAGAGAGCCGGCCUGUCUGUGCUUUCUUGGUGCUUUUUUAGUGGGGGUCCUACCUCCCGACUAUGGACCAGGUCCGAUCCCUGCCCAAGGCUGGGUUAUCAAAAGAGUGGCGUGUUUCCAUAUCACCUACACCGACCUCCUCAAGUUCUUAGAGCUCAGGUCACCGGAUGCUCAACCUCCACAUGAUGUUUCUUGAAUAGAAACCACGAGUUCAAAUGCUAUUGCCGAAGUUGACAAGGGAGUAAUCGGUGAUAUAGCAAAGUCAAAGUCAACAACCACUCACAAAACAG